AUGACAAUCAAGGAUUUGCUUGCAGGACUUAUCGAUGUCGACAAUCCGAGUGGUAAAGAUGCCAAGGACGCAUCAAAUGAUGGUGAUGGUGAUGAUGCUUCUGUUUUGAGUGGCCUUGUCAGCGACAGCAGCAAAGACGAUGAGGAUGAAGCAGUGGAAGACAACUGCGUAAAGCUAUCGCUUGGUGGCCUGUUAGACUCAGAGGGGCUUAUCCAGACAGCAAAACAUCAGAUCCAAUUUGACGAGGUUGACAUGGCCCAAGUUCGAGCAAUCUUAAAGGAGCUGGGCAAAAAUCCAUCUGCCGCCAAGGACGAAGCCAAGAAAAAGAAGAAUGACUUGAAGAGUUUCAGCAUCUUCCUUGAUGCCGAGCCACGUCUUCGCCGACACCUUUUUAAAAGCAAGAAGCACCUCCUUGACAUUGCCACCAAGCUGGAGAUUGGUACCGAUGCUGGAGCAAAUCAAGAGGCGCUCCGAAAGGCAAUUGAGACGCAUCUUCGAUUGCAUCCAGACGCAAUUGUCGAGGUCAAAUUAAGCAAGAAGCAGGAAAAGCAAGAGCAGAUUGCGAUGCUGUCGGCCAAAGACCAGCUGCUGUUAAGGAUUGUGAAAGCAGGCUACCUCGAUCCAUUAGAAGGAGAAGCCAAGAAGCACUCAAGGCGUGGGCAUCAACUUGAAUGCCACAUCAUGCGCGCUUGUCUUCGGGAGCUGGAAGAGGAUUCAUCAUUGGAUAGUCCGUUGAAGCUAGUAGCUGUGUGCACAGCUCCUCUGGUUGAACGAAAGCAUCAAUGUUACAUUCGGGGAUCUAUUGAUUUCCUCGCUUUGGCUUCUGUGGACGAUAUCGAUGUUGUUCCCAUUGGUGUUGAAAUCAAGUCAAGAGUUGCGGCGAAGAUGUAUCAGAAAGUAACGCAUCAAGCUGGUGAUGCUAUCCGUCGGCUACUUGGCGAAGAUAGAACACCACGACAGCGACAGCGGAAGUACUUUUCAGUUAGAGCCGACUCAGACAAGUUCAAGAGGAUUGUGAACAGUAUGCAUGAAGCUAUUCAGCUCUUGCACCAUGCAUUUGUUUAUGAUCUUGACUACGUCCUCUUACUUGUUGGCGACAAUAGUGGAGCUGUGGUGUAUGGAGUGAUGUUUUUUGUGUUUGUGCCUUCACUGAACCUAUCCAGGUGUCCUAUGGAAACUUAUUGGAAGAUAUCUACAGCAGCACCUUCGGUGGAUGUAUGA